UGGUGUGGCGGGCGGGUCACUGGCUCCUCCCUCCCCAAGAUGGCGUCCUUGCUGCAGUCGGAGCGGGUUCUCUAUCUAGUCCAGGGAGAAAAGAAGGUGCGGGCCCCGCUCUCGCAGCUCUACUUCUGCCGCUACUGCAGCGAGCUACGGUCUCUGGAGUGUGUGUCUCACGAGGUGGACUCCCACUAUUGUCCUAGCUGCUUAGAAAAUAUGCCAUCGGCUGAAGCCAAACUAAAAAAGAAUAGAUGUGCCAACUGCUUUGACUGUCCUGGCUGCAUGCAUACCCUUUCCACUCGGGCAACAAGCAUCUCUGCACAGCUUCCAGAUGACCCAGCCAAAACCACCAUGAAGAAAGCUUAUUAUUUGGCCUGUGGAUUUUGUCGCUGGACAUCUAGAGAUGUGGGCAUGGCAGACAAGUCUGUAGCUAGUGGUGGUUGGCAAGAACCAGAAAAUCCUCACACACAACGGAUGAACAAGUUGAUUGAAUAUUACCAGCAGCUUGCUCAGAAAGAAAAAGUUGAACGAGAUCGCAAGAAACUGGCAAGACGUAGAAAUUAUAUGCCUCUGGCUUUUUCGCAACACACUAUUCAUGUAGUGGACAAAUAUGGUCUUGGAACCAGGCUGCAGCGACCACGAGCUGGCACAUCCAUUAGUACUCUUGCUGGACUUUCUCUUAAAGAAGGAGAGGACCAGAAAGAGAUAAAGAUUGAGCCAGGUCAGGCUGCAUAUGAAGUGGAGCCUCUACCUGAAGACUACUAUACAAAACCAGUCAAUUUAACAGAGGUGACCACCCUUCAGCAGCGCCUCUUACAGCCUGACUUCCAGCCCAUCUGUGCGUCACAGCUCUAUCCUCGCCACAAACAUCUUCUGAUCAAACGGUCUCUGCGCUGCCGGAAAUGUGAACAUAAUUUGAGCAAGCCGGAAUUUAAUCCAACAUCUAUCAAAUUCAAAAUCCAGCUGGUUGCUGUCAAUUAUAUUCCAGAAGUGAGAAUCAUGUCAAUUCCCAACCUUCGCUACAUGAAGGAGAGCCAAGUCCUCCUGACUCUUACAAAUCCAGUGGAGAACCUCACCCAUGUGACUCUGUUGGAGUGUGAGGAGGGGGACCCUGAUAACAUCAGCAGCACUGCUAAGGUGGUGGUCCCUCCUAAAGAGCUUGUGUUAGCUGGCAAGGAUGCAGCAGCAGAGUAUGAUGAGUUGGCAGAACCUCAGGACUUUCAGGAUGAUCCUGACAUUAUAGCCUUCAGAAAAGCCAACAAAGUAGGCAUUUUCAUUAAAGUCACCCCACAACGUGAGGAGGGUGAAGUGACCGUGUGCUUCAAGAUGAAACAUGAUUUUAAAAAUCUGGCCGCCCCCAUCCGCCCUGUCGAAGAAAGUGAUCAGACCACAGAAGUCAUCUGGCUCACCCAGCAUGUGGAACUCAGCUUGGGUCCUCUUCUUCCAUAAAAAGUUCCCCAGAUGGACAAUCCCACGUGUAGCUGUUUCACCACAAAUCUGUGUUAUAAUGUGGAAGCUGCUGCUUCAUGAGGCUGUGUUCAUAAAGAUGUACACAUUACUGAGCCCUGCUCCUAGCAGUGAAGCAGAGGCCAAGAUUAGGAGCACAGGUAACUGCUGUUCCUUUUGCUUUCUCUUGGUUGGCACAAGUCUGCACCUCUUACUGAGCUCUACACACUAAAUAACAACAUAGCUCUAUCCCAGGAAAGGGAAUGGCUAUUUUUGGGAGUGGCAUUGCAUUUACCACUCUUGAUCCAGUGUCUCAAAGGAUCACAAUCUGACAGGUGAAACAAAAUGAUAAUCCAAAGGUAUACUUGCUGUUAGUGUUCCAGCAUUGGUGCAAAUGUGCUUUCUGCAUUCCAUUAAACAUAGUCUGGCAGUCUA